AAACAAAAUCAACAUAUAUUUGCUAACCAUAAAUUCACAAUUUUCACCUUACAACCGAACAAACCCUAACAUCUCUUGGCCGAAAUGCAGCACUUUAUUUGUGAUUGCUUAAUUCUUAGAUUCUACGCAGUUACCAUAGACAAAUUUUUGUUAUCAUAAUCUGCGUAAGAACUCCGGUUUUCAACUUCUGCCUCUUUGAAAAUAUAAGGUUUAAUCACUGAAUUUGUAAAGCACCGUUGAUUCUCUCGCAUUAAAAACAAAAAAAAAAAGGCCAAAAUAAAAGAGAGGAAAGAAACGCAAUUAUUUCUAUCUCCAGAAAUAAUUUCUAUCUCCUUUCUUGAUUUUGAUCUUUACUGAUCACUUCAUAGUUUGUCCAUUAUUUCUAUCUCCAGUUUAUGGCGUUAAUUUUUUUCCGAAGCGUCCCGGAAUAUGCGAUUUCUUGCAUGAAAAAGAUGAAUUUGUGGAUUCCAGCAAAUGGAAAAAUCUGAUAUAUAAAAAGUAGGGUUUGUUGAGGGCAUGCAGAAUGGCUGCGAAACGCGCUCCUUUGAAGCAAUCGUCCAUGGCGCCCAAGGGGGAGACAGAUAAAAACAACGUAGGUGGCGACGCGAAUGACAUGGAUCCAGGUUUGAAGCUCAUGUAUAUGACCAACGAACGUGAUUUGGACGGCAUCAAGGAGCUUCUAGACUCCGGCACCGACGUCAAUUUCCGCGAUAUCGAUAACCGGACUGCCCUUCACGUCGCCGCAUGCCAAGGCUUUGCCGAUGUUGCCAACCUCUUGCUUCAAAAUGGAGCACAUGUCGACCUCAAAGAUCGCUGGGGUGGCACGCCUCUUGCAGAUGCCAUACACUACAAGAAUCAUGAUGUGAUCAAACUCUUGGAGACACACGGUGCAAAGCAAGUGUUGGCUCCCAUGCGGGUAGAAAAUGCUGGUCAGUUACCAGAUUAUGAGAUUGAUCCUAAAGAAAUUGAUUUUACAAACAGUGUGGAAAUAACCAAGGGAACAUUUAAGUUAGCUACUUGGGCUGGAACACAAGUUGCUGUGAAGGUAUUCUAUGAAGGGGCUGCUGAUGAGAAUAAAGUGAGGGCGUUUAGAGAUGAGCUUUCUUUGCUUUUGAGCAUACGACACCCAAAUGUCGUCCAGUUUCUUGGUGCCGUGACACAAAGUAGUCCGAUGAUGAUUGUGACCGAAUAUUUACCAAAGGGCGACCUUCACGAAUACUUAAAAGGAAAAGGUUCUCUAAAACCUGCAAAAGCUCUCAAAUUUGCUAUGGAUAUUGCCAGGGGAAUGAACUAUCUACAUGAACAUAGACCUGGAGCUAUUAUUCAUCGCGAUCUUGAACCUUCAAAUAUCUUGCGGGAUGAUUCUGGACACCUCAAAGUUGCAGAUUUUGGAAUUAGCAAGCUUCUUAAAGUUGCCAACAGGAUCAAAGAAGAGAGGCCUCUCACUUAUCAAGAUAGUACUUGUCGUUAUGUGGCUCCUGAGGUUUUCAGAAAUCAAGAUUACGAUACAAAAGUAGACGUAUUCUCAUUCGCCUUGAUUUUACAGGAGCUUAUUGAGGGAAGCCCUCCAUUCAGCACGAAGCAAGAACACGAAGUGCCAAAAUCUUAUGUUGCGAAAGAGCGCCCUCCUUUCAAGGCACCCAUGAAGCUGUACGCGCAUGGCCUUAAAGACUUGAUCGAAGAGUGCUGGAGUGAAAAUCCAGCUGAUAGGCCGACGUUUAGGCAGAUCAUUCCUCGGCUGGAGGGCAUCCAUAGCAGAUUUGAUCAUAGAAGCUGCUGGAAGCAGGUGAUACCACUGGAUUGUUUUCAGCAUUGGAGCUGGACCAAAUGCCGAUCCGGUUCCAGCAGCUCGACUGAUUCCAACAAAUCUCUAGGGAGCGACAUCUAGAUUCUUCUUCAUCAAGUCGUAAUUAUAUCUAUUCAUCUUUGUGUUUCUCAUCCAAUGCUUCAACACACAUGCAAUUUCAUGUCAUAAAGUUCGUGCAGGUUUGGAACAGAUUAUCUUUCAGCUCACCUCCUGCACCAGAUGAGUCUUUCAGGAGAUGGUUGUCUAAAAUAAUUUCACUCCAUUUAUUGAGAAUGUUGGUAAGAUCAUAUUUUUUGUGAUAGUUUCUGUUUCAUAUGUAUAUUCCUAGAUGGAAUCGUAGUUGAAAACGACCUAUCUGUAUCUGAUGUUUGUUUUCUUGGUGUAGUGGCUAUGAGUAGUGUGUAAAGAUGGAUAUUGAAUAGGAUAUCAGAUGUAUAUAUAA